AUGACAAUGCACAGUAAUAAGAUCAAAGUGUCUCGUUCGUCGUCGCUUACUUCGUCGUUAUCGGAUUCAUCGUCAUCUACAACUUCAUUUUCUUCCAAUAGUGAAGAUCCAGAUCCCUAUAAUCAUUCUAGUAGACGUCGUUUUCCACCAGUAGUAGCUCCAGUUUAUCCUUUUAAAGUACAUCGUGCAGUCUUUCAUGCGAAAAAGAAGCAUCGAUCAGAUAUUGAUCCAGAUGCGUGGAAUCGAGAAGGGUUUGCUGGCUCAGAUGUGUGUGAAUUACCAUUGGAUGAGUCUAAUGAUAUCAAACGUGAACAUUGUAGUGAACUAAGUGUCAAGCGUUUUAUCAAUGAAUAUGAACGUCCUGCUUUGCCUGUUGUAAUUGAUGGUAUUCCAGAAGCUGAUGGAUGGGGUGCUCUCAAACGCUGGUCAUUGAAAAAGUUGCGCAAAUCUUACAAACGCGUCGAGUUUAAAUGUGGUGAAGAUGAUCAUGGCAAAUCGAUUCGCAUGAAAUUCAAGUAUUUUAUGACGUACAUGAAACACCAGACGGAUGAUAGUCCGCUUUACAUCUUUGAUAGUACUUUUGACGACCAUAACGAUACGAAGUCAUUGCUGGAUGAUUACAAAGUACCAAAGUACUUCCCAGAAGAUCUGUUCUCUUUGGUUGGCGAGGACAGACGACCGCCAUACCGCUGGUUUUUGGUUGGUCCCAAACGAUCAGGUACUACAUUGCAUGUGGACCCGCUUGGUACUAGUGCGUGGAAUACACUGGUUGUAGGCCGCAAACAAUGGGUGCUUUUCCCACCGCAUUUACCCAAGCACCUUGUGAAUGGGAAAAAUUACGUCCGUGAUGAUGAAGAUGACGAGGCUGUCAACUAUUUUAUGGAUCUAUUGCCGCGUCUAAAACGGGCUAGUUCACGUGAGACACUGCAGUGUGUCGAGUUUAUACAGUACCCCGGAGAGACUGUGUUUAUCCCAGGCGGGUGGUGGCAUGCCGUGUUCAAUGUGGACGAUACUGUGGCAGUUACUCAGAACUUUUGCAGUUCGCAGAACUUCCCCGCUGUAUGGCGCAAGACGCGUAGUGGUCGUAAGCGCAUGGCAGUCAAGUGGCUUAAAAAGCUGGAAACGUGCAAUUUCGAGCUGAUGGCAUUGGCGUUGGAGCUUAACAAGAAAGAUAAGUUUGUCAUGUACAGCAAGGAAGAAAGCAGUCGUGAAUUUUCAUCAUCUAGCUUACGCAAAAGAAAGAAGAAAAGAAGUGAUAGUGACGAGAAGAUCAAAGAGCUUUCGAGAGGUUUGCACCAGAGCGACAAGAAGAAGAAAAAGUGCUGCUGA